AAAAGAUCUUCAUCACUGUCCACCUGAGAGGGUUAUGCCAGGAAAGGCAGUUCUAGUUAGCUGAGAGUUCCCUUCAGCAGAAGCAAAUGAAGGAACACAAAUUGGGCUCCAUUACAUCUCCAGGUGUUUUGUGCCUCACUUACAUCCCCAAACCCAUCCCUGCUGUUCUGCUGCUCCAAUCAGCCAGGAAGGCUUGCAUGCCUGCACAGCAUCACUUUAAGAACUAACAAAGCAUUCGAGCACACAAUAUCAAAUUUCAAUCCUCUGCGAAAGCAUCGGUAGUAAUCGUGCACAAAACCGAGCCAUAAAUUAAGAUGACUAUUGGGUAUCAAUGCCAAUUUCCAAGUCUGUCUGGAAUCUGUCCCCCAAAGGGGAAAAUCUACCUAUCUGGGGGAGUGAGAGAAAGCCACUGAAAAAUCCCAGAUCGUUCUGCCGAGCCCACGAAUUGCGAAUAGCGGUUACGUGCCAGAGGAACGACAGCCUCCACUCCUCCCAGCGCCGCCGCUUUCGGUUUCCCUUCCCCGGACGGGCGGAGCAGCCGCUCCCUCCGCCCCGUGCCGCCCCACUGCGCAUGCGCUGCUGCGCGGCCACGCGGUGCUGCGGGAUCCCUGGGAGCGGCGGACGGAGCGGCGGACGGAGCGGCGGGCAUGCUGCGCAGUCUGGGGCUGGUGGGCACCAUCGCGGAGGGGGACGAAGGGCCCGAGGAACCCGAGUCGGGAGAUUCUGAAGAUGAAGAGGAGGUGCGGCCGGCGCCGGGCUCCGGGCGGCGGGGAGCGGCAGGAGGGGACUUCAGCUCCGCCUUCGUGUUCGGCGAGGUGGAGGCCGGCGGGGAGGGCGCCUGGGCGGCUGCGCUGCGUCAGCUCCGCGGCAAGAGAUCGGCUACCACGCUGGAUGAGAAGAUCGAGAAAGUGAGGCAGAAGAGGAAGAUUCAGGAAAAAGAAGCUAAGCAAGCAAAAGUGAAGGAUGGUGAUGCAGGAACUGAGGAUAAUCAGUCUGAAAAGAGGGAAUGUGAGGACUUUGGUAGAGAAGAAGAAGAGGACAACGAGUCCCAGUACUCGUUGGAUGAUGAAACUAUCUUCACAAAAGCAGAUACGAUUAAAGUGAAGGAAAGGAAGAGGUCAAAAAAGGGAGGGCAAAAAGAAGCAGAAAGCUUUUUUGAAGAUGCCUCUCAAUAUGAUGAUAGCUUGUCAUUCCAGGACAUGAAUCUUUCCCGACCUUUGCUUAAGGCAAUCACAGCUCUUGGUUUCAAGCAGCCAACUCCAAUUCAGAAGGCUUGUAUCCCAGUGGGUCUUCUGGGGAAGGAUAUUUGUGCUUGUGCUGCUACUGGGACAGGCAAAACAGCUGCCUUCAUCUUGCCUGUGCUUGAGCGCCUGAUUUACAAACCUCGUCAGGCCCCAAUAACGAGGGUGCUGGUUCUGGUGCCAACACGAGAACUGGGGAUUCAGGUGCAUUCUGUCACAAAACAGCUGGCACAGUUCAGCAGUGUCACAACUUGCCUUGCUGUAGGUGGCCUCGAUGUGAAGACUCAGGAAGCAGCUCUGCGCUCUGGGCCAGACAUUCUUAUUGCAACUCCUGGGCGACUAAUUGAUCAUCUCCACAACUGUCCCUCUUUCCACCUGAGCAGUGUAGAAGUGCUCAUUUUGGAUGAAGCAGACAGGAUGCUGGAUGAGUACUUUGAGGAACAGAUGAAGGAAAUAAUCAGGUUAUGUUCCAAGCACCGGCAGACAAUGCUUUUCUCUGCCACAAUGACAGAGGAGGUGAAAGAUUUGGCUUCUGUUUCCCUGAAGAAUCCCACCCGAAUUUUUGUGAACAGCAACACAGAUGUUGCCCCUUUCCUGAGGCAGGAAUUCAUCCGGAUCAGACCCAACCGAGAGGGAGACCGUGAGGCCAUUGUGUCAGCUCUACUGACACGGACCUUCCCAGAUCAUGUGAUGCUUUUCACCCAGACGAAGAAACAAGCUCAUCGUAUGCACAUCCUGCUUGGGUUGAUGGGUCUGCGGGUUGGGGAGCUUCAUGGGAAUCUCUCCCAGGCACAGCGACUGGAGGCACUCAGGCGUUUUAAGGAUGAGCAGAUUGAUAUUCUAGUAGCUACAGACGUGGCUGCGCGAGGACUUGACAUAGAAGGUGUUAAAACAGUAAUCAAUUUUACCAUGCCCAACACCACCAAACACUAUGUUCAUCGAGUGGGUCGAACAGCAAGAGCAGGUAGGGCUGGUCGCUCAGUUUCACUCGUGGGUGAGGAAGAGCGGAAGAUGCUGAAGGAGAUUGUGAAGUCUGCCAAAACACCAGUGAAAGCCAGAAUUCUCCCUCAAGAUGUCAUACUGAAAUUCCGAGAAAAGAUUGAGAAUCUGGAAAAAGAUGUGUAUGCAGUUCUGUGCUUGGAGCGUGAGGAACGUGAAAUGCAGCAGUCGGAGGCCCAGAUCAAUAAGGCAAAGAAGCAGUUGGAGGAAGGAAAACAGGAGACUGCAACCAAGGGUGUAGAGCGGAGCUGGUUCCAGACCCGUGAGGAGAGGAAGAAAGAAAAAUUGGCUAAAGCACUGCAGGAGUUUGACCUAGCAUUACGAGGCAAAAAAAAAAGGAAGAAAUUUAUGCAGGACACACAAAGAAAAGUCCAAAUGACACCAGAGGAGAGGUCACAGUUUGAAAUCUUGAAAUCUCAAAUGUAUGCUGAGCGGCUGGCAAAAAGAAAUCGGCGAAUGAAGCGAGCCCGAGCUUUGCCAGAAGAGGAACCAGCAACAGCACCAAAAGGCCCCAAGCGGAAGAAAAAGGUGUCUGUGUUUGAUGAAGAGCUUACCAACACAAGCAGGAAGGCUCUGAAGCAGUAUCGUGCAGGUCCAUCAUUUGAGGAUCGGAAACGCUUGGGUGUGGCCCAACGUAGGAAAGGAGGAAACUUUAAAUCCAAGUCCAGGUACAAGAGGAAAUAAGAAUUGUUUUACUAGAGGGGAAUCCGGGCUCUCUGGACACUUCAGGCUUCUCUCCAGGGCCUGGAUUUCUUCACGUGGGGAGGAACUGAAUAGAUUUUCAUCAAGUCACAGAAUAGCUUUGAUUGUUCAUUUACAGCUGGUUGACACUAUGUGAAAAUAUUUUCAGUCAAUAUAAUAAAUUUUCUAAAAAAAAAAAAAGUUCUUUUUUAUAUAACAGCUCAAGCAAGUGAGAUUUGGGCCACGUUCCUUCUUUCUGUCACUCUUCAUGCUUAUUUCUUCUGCUUCUGUGAUUUGUUACUUAAUGUGGUUGAAAGGAUUUAUAGAGGUGAGAAUCUGUUUCUAGAGUACCCUAGCUGUCCUUCCAAGGGGUAGUCUGAUCCUCUGAAAGGAUACUGUUCCUCCUAACCAAGUGAACAGAAAGCAGCCAUAAGGCAAGACAAUUGCAACCAGCAUACUGAUAUUUGUUACUAGGAGCAUUGCACUUCUCUAUAAAGAUCAUGUUGGCUUAUUGCAAGCUAAAAAAAAAAAAAAACAACACAACAGCUUAAUACAAGUAGCACUGUCCUUAUUGUACUCCAAAUAAAAGGGAGAAUUCUGGUUAGUAACCCCUGA